CUUGAUUUUCUCUUUAUACAUCUUUCAGUGUUGGGUCAUUUUCUUUUCAGUUUUCGGAUUAGUUUUUAUUUUGUUUUCAGUCCUAGCCUUUGGGAUCCUUCAUUUGUGAUUUUACUUCUGUCUUGUUGCCAGUUCUCUGGCUGAGUAUAGUAUAUUGCGUCAUGGGCGGACUUAAGGAAGACAUAGCAUUUGACCCGCCUUGCCAUCCACGAGCUUGUGCCAUACAAGCAUGCCUCACGAAGAACUCAUACCAGGAAGAGAAAUGUCAAUCCCAGAUCAAUGCCCUUUAUGAAUGUUGCAAUGCCUUCUACCAGGCGCGAGGGGAGGACGCAAAGACUCCAAGUUGUCCUAAGCCCAACUUGCUGCGUCUGAAGAUGAAGCAACGGGGCAUGGAGCCUUAGCUUGCCUUGCAGAGAAUUUCGUGUCUCAUCAGAGUUCUACGGACCGUGUACAUACUACCGAUUAUACUUUUGUCGACAAUAGAGUAGAGACCAAUUCAUCAAGGCUCUUGACAACGUGUCGAGUCGUUGCCGGAAAAUAGUGAUAGUGAUAGUCUUAGUAGACAAUCCAUCUCAGGUAAAACUGAGGCUGGAAUGUGACAAUUCCCUUGCAGUCUGAGCUCCCAUUCGAGGAAAGAGCUAGGCUAGUUGUGAAAAUUGCCAAAUUUCUCUAAGACAAUCUUGAGCACGCUGAGAGGCCGAUUGACCUGAACGAAGAUUGAAGCGCUCGUUCCGAGACUCUAAUGAUUGCC